AUGGCUUUCACGUGCGUUCAGUUCGUCGCACUGGUCUCGCUCAUCGCUGCCGUAUCAGGUGGUCUCAUACCCGUGGAGCAGCACGAGCAGCCACAGCUUUACCACAGUGCUGCGCCACAGCCCCAGCAUGUGAUCUACCAGAAAUCUCAUGACCUCCAUGCACACGCCAAUGGCCAUGAGAUCUAUCCUGAUGAUCCUCAUCCCAAGUACAAUUUUGCUUACGAUGUGCAGGACGCUGUAUCUGGCGACUCCAAAAGACAGGUUGAGUCACGUGACGGCGACGUGGUGCAGGGCGAAUACUCCUUGGAUGAUGCCGAUGGCUUCCGUCGCACCGUGAAAUACACCGCCGACUCCGUCAAUGGCUUCAAUGCUGUCGUUCACCGCGAGCCCCUGGGCCACACUCAUCACAAGCUGAUUGUUGCAGCCCCCGCUGUGCCCGUUCAAUAUCAUCAGCCGGCUGCAACGGCGCCUGCUUAUGUGGCGCCUACUUAUGCUGCGCCCACUUACAACGUGCACCACGAUCACGAGCCUCAGCACCACCAGCACCAGGACCACUAUGCUGGCUACGACUCGCUGGCCCCAUCCAACCAUGUUGCUCACGAUUAUUAUCAUCACUAG